AUGGAUGGCCAGGGCACCCAGCAGGGCACAGGUUCCCCCUUUUCAAUGGAAGGGGGCAGCUGCGGCACAAGGGCGCUGUACGGGGUGAACCCACAGGUGUUACCAGAACCUGUGCUACAAGGAGGGGUGCCGGGUGCAGCGCAUUUUCUUAAAAAGCAGCAGGCAGCUCAGCAGCUGUUGAAAGACCAGCUGGCAAGGGCAAAAGAGGUGUACUUGAGAUCUGCUGAUGCCCACAGGCAGAGAGACUAUCAGCAAAGAGGGCACCCAUUCAAACCCGGCUAUUGUGAUUGUGAACGUUCUCCUAAUGGAUGCAAGGUUGGACAUGCUCAAUGUGGGACACAGCAUGCUCAGAUGAUUGUUCCCAAGUACUAUCAGUCAGGAGAUUUCAUCUACGGAGGCAUUGUUUAUCAAACUGCCUUCUAUAUGAAUCCAUACAACUUUCACAAAUAUCCUUCUGGGCCACCUUUGGGAAAAAUUGUAGUGACUGAGAACUACCAGCAUAUCUUGGCUUUGAUAUUUGCUGUGAACGAGAUCAAUGAAAAUGCCCAAAUGUUACCCAAUGUUACCCUGGGAAUCAAUAUUUAUGAUAGUCACCUGAAUGCAAAGUGGACUUACCAUGCAGCAAUGCAACUGAUUUCUCCAAAUAGCAAACUUUUACCCAACUAUAAGUGCAUAACACAGGACAAUCUUUUUGCAAUUAUUGAGGGAUUGAUCUCAGACAUCAUACAUCAGUUUCCAAUUGUUAUGAGUCUUUAUAAAAUUCCACAGCUCAUGUAUGGAUCUGCUAGAGUUGAAACAGGAGACAGCAAUCUCCCUUCCUUCUACCAAAUGGUUCCAAAUGGAAUUUAUCAGUAUAGAGGGAUCCUCCACUUACUUCUACAUUUCAACUGGAGGUGGAUUGGAUUCUUUGUUGCAAAUGGGAUGAAUUUUGACUGGUUCAUGCAGACCCUGGUUCCUGAAUUUAUCCUGACUGUUGGGAUGGAGUUGAAGUUCUUUACCAGUAAAAAGAACUGGGAUUUGCAGGACUUCCAUGGUGCCAUAUCAUUUGCAGUUCAUGCCAAAGAACUGAAAGGAUUCCAACAACGUAUUCAGGACCGAAAGCCUUCCACUGUUAAAGAAGAUGGUUUUAUCAAGGAGUUUUGGACUCAUGCCUUUGGAUGUGCAUUUCAAGAUUCUGAUCUGGGAGAUGAGAAGGAGGACAUUUGCACUGGAAAUGAGAAGCUAGAGAGCCUUCCUGAGCACGUUUUCCCAAAAAGAAUCACAGGCCACAGCUAUAGCAUCUACAAUGCUGUCUACACUGUGGCUCAUGCUCUGCAGGCCAUGUAUUCAUCCGCAUCUGGAAGAAAGAUUGUAAUGAAAGAGGAAGGAAGGAAGCUUCAUAAUCAUGGGCCCUGGCUGUUAUUCCAUUUUAUGAAAUCUGUAUCAUUUAAUAACAGUGCUGGUGAAAGGAUUUUCUUUGCUCAGAACAGGGAGCUAGUUCAAGAACUUGACAUCAUCAACUGGCUUAUCUUUCCAAACCAAUCAUUCACGGGAGUGAAAGUUGGAAAAAUGGUUCCUCAGUCUCCUCCUGAGGAAGCAUUCACCAUUAAUGAAGAUGCAAUGGUAUGGCACAGCUGGUUUAACCAGGCAUUGCCUCUUUCUGUCUGCAAUGCUCACUGCCAGCCUGGAUCCAGAAAAAAGAGGAAAGAAGGGAAACCCUUCUGCUGCUAUGAUUGUAUUCCCUGCCGCAAAGGAUCGAUAUCCCAGCACAAGGACAUGGCUGACUGUCUCAAAUGCCCUGAUGAUUCCUAUGCUAACGAAGAUCAGAAAGCCUGCAUUCCCAAGAUUAUAAGCUUCUUGUCUUAUGAAGAACCUUUGGGUAUCAGUUUAGGCACUAGUGCCCUUUCAUUUUCACUGGCAACAGUUAUGACACUCGGGAUCUUUCUGAAGCACCACAAUACUCCCAUAGUGAAAGCCAACAACCAAGGCCUUACCUACACCCUUCUCAUUUCACUCGUGCUGUGCUUCCUUUGUGCGUUGCUCUUCAUUGGCCAGCCAAAGAAGGCAAUGUGCUUUCUCCAGCAAAUAGCCUUUGGCAUUGUCUUCACUUUGGCUGUUUCUUGUGUGCUGGCAAAAACCAUCACUGUGGUUCUCAUUUUUAUGGCCACCCAGCCAGGAUCCAGGCUCAAAAAUUGGGUAGGGAACAGCCUAGCUUGCUCUAUUGUUUUUUCUUGCUCUGUUCUUCAAGUAAGCAUCUCUCUGGUGUGGAUGGCAACUUCUCCUCCCUUCCCAGAUGCUGACCUACAUUUGGUACCUAAAGCAAUUGUUCUGAAGUGUAAUGAGUCAUCACCAGUCCUAUUUUACGGUGUCCUUAGCUACAUGGGUUUCCUGGCCAUUGCCAGCUUCACUGUGGCGUUUUUGGCCCGCAAGUUGCCCAAUAGUUUUAAUGAAACCAAACUUAUCACCUUCAGCAUGUUGGUGUUUUGUAGUGUAUGGUUCACUUUUGUCCCCACUUACUUGAGUGCCCAAGGAAAGUAUAUAGUAGCCAUGGAGAUCUUCUGUAUCUUAUCUUCCAGUGCUGGAUUGCUGGGUUGCCUCUUUUUCCCCAAAUGUUACAUUAUUUUGUUGCGACCGGAGCUGAAUACGAAGCAGUUCUUAAGAAGGAAGCAGUAG